AUGCCAGAUAAAAAUUAUGUAUUUCCAACAUCCACAACUUCAAAAAAAAAUCUAAAAUUUCAAUUUCACUGGUUUGAACGUUUUCCGUGGCUUGUUUACUCUAUAAUUGAUGAUGGUGGUGCCCUAUGUAAAUACUGUGUAAUAUUUGGUCAAGAAUUCGGAGGCAAAGGCAAUAAUCAAAAACUUUCCUCUUUAGUAUUCAAAAUUUUUAAUAAUUGGAAACAUGCAAUUGAAGUAUUUAGUGAACAUUCUAAAAAAGAUUUUCAUAAAACCAAUGUUUUACGAGGUGAUAAUUUUAUAGCUAUAUAUUCAAAAAAUCAGCAAAAUAUUGCGCAAAAAUUAGAUUCAGCGCGUGCUGCACAAAUAAGUUUAAAUCGAAAAAGAUUAAUACCGAUAAUUGAAACUAUAAUUUUAUGUGGCCGGCAAGAAAUAGCUUUUCGUGGUACUAAUGAUUCCGGACCACUUUCAUCAAAAGAUGUCGAACCAGAACAAAAUGAUGGAAAUUUUCGUGCUUUAUUUUGA